AAGGAAAGUGAAAAAUCCCAGUAGUGGCAGUAGGGUUAGAGGAGAGUCUUAGAACAAACCAUAAGCAGAGGCAAAGGCAAAGGCAAAGGGGACUGAAGAGAGAGAUGAACACGACAAGAGCUGCACCCAAAUCCAUCACUUCCCGUGAGUUCCUCUCAAAACCUCACCUUCUCAAUUUCAAAAAACCCCAAAAACUCACGUUCUCUUCAACCCCAAAAUCUCCUUUUCUCCGCAUCCGAGCAUCAACUUCAACUGCCGUCAAUGGCACACCCCCAGUGACCUCAACCCUUUCAUCGGAACAACUCCGGGUCCAAAUCCUCUCAGAAUCACUCCCCUACAUCCAGAAGUUCAGGGGCAAGACCAUCGUAGUCAAAUACGGCGGUGCUGCCAUGAAAUCGCCGGAGCUGAAAGCUUCAGUUGUCAGGGACUUGGUUCUUCUCUCCUGCGUGGGUCUCCGACCGGUGCUUGUCCAUGGCGGUGGCCCGGAAAUCAACUUUGUUUUGAAGCAGCUUGAUAUUCCAGCAGAAUUCCGUGAUGGGCUCCGCGUGACUGACGCCAGGACCAUGGAGGUGGUCUCGAUGGUGCUCGUGGGUAAGGUCAACAAGGACCUUGUCUCUCGUAUCAAUCACGCUGGCGCCACUGCUGUUGGUCUUUCCGGUAUGGAUGGCCGCCUCCUGGUGGCUCGACCUUCUCCCAAUGCAGCCCAGCUUGGCUUCGUUGGGGAGGUGGCGUCCGUGGACCCCUCCGUCCUCCAACCUCUUGUGACCAAUGGGCAUAUCCCUGUUAUUGCCUCUGUGGCUGCUGAUGGGUUGGGGCAGUCUUAUAACAUCAAUGCCGAUACAGUGGCGGGUGAGCUGGCGGCGGCCUUAGGUGCAGAGAAGCUGAUUCUGUUGACUGACGUGGCUGGGAUUCUAGCCGACCGUGAGGAUCCCAACAGCCUUGUGAAGGAAAUCGAUAUAAAGGGUAUGAAGAAAAUGAUUGAGGAAGGGAAGAUUGGCGGUGGCAUGAUCCCCAAAGUCAAUUGUUGCAUCCGCUCCCUGGCUCAGGGGGUCAGGACUGCCAGCAUUAUCGAUGGCCGUGUAGAGCACUCUUUGCUUCGUGAAAUUAUGACUGAUGAGGGUGCCGGAACCAUGAUUACCGGCUAACCAGUGCUUUCCUUCUCAGGGUAUCGUAUUGGAUUUCUACUACAGCUAAACAAAUGCCAUGUCUGGAUCUGGCUAUGAGGUUUCUGUUGGCUUCUAUAGUUUCCCAUAUGCUAGUUACAGUGCUCUAUGUUGUAACCCUUAUCUCUUAUGAUUGCAAUAUGAAUCAUAUGAUAUUUAGCCAAUUUGAUCAAAAUUCUGGUUCAUUUGCAUGCUGGUUUUUUUAUUUUUUUUGAUGCUUCACUCAUUGAUGCCAUUGUAGGAUGUUCAGUAAAUGAUCUAAGAAUUGGGGUUUGUACCUCUUGGUACGUUUGUCCAAGACAUUGGAACUUGCUUCACUACAUCUGAUUUUUAGGAAGUAGGGGAAAGUGAGUGAAGCUAGAUCUGUUUUAGAUCCUUUGGAUAUCUUAUAUCUGUUUGAAGCUCAGAUUCUUUGCUUGUCUUAGAAAUUACCGUAGGAUGUCGUAAUUGCUGUAUGCUUUUCCUAUCUCUUUAUGUCUUUCACCAUUGUCUCUGGAGUCAAGACCAAUAUGUGUUUGGCUGUAUGCUGAACAUUGUUUUAGCAUGCUGUCUUUGCAUAAGUUCACCAUUCAAAAGCAGAUGUUCUGUGUUCUGUUCACAUGGCCUUUUCAGUUCUAUGAAGAGAAGGACCUAAUAAUGACCUGAAACUUGG